AUGUCAUUUUGUGACGUAUUUUUAACCUCAAAAAACGACAUUAUUACGUCAUUAUUUUUGCACCUACCUAAUAUCUAUCUAUCUAUCUAUCUAUCUAUCUAUCUAUCUAUCCCAUUCUGUUUAUUAUCUAUCUAUCUAUCUAUCUAUCUAUCUAUCUAUCUAUCUAUCUAUCUAUCUCAUUAUGUUCAUUAUCUAUCUAUCUAUCUAUCUAUCUAUCUAUCUAUCUAUCUAUCUAUCUAUCUAUCUAUCUAUCUCAUUCUGUUCAUUAUCUAUCUAUCCAUCUAUCUAUCUAUCUAUUUCACCUUACUUUAUUUUACUUCUUCUUUUUCUUCUUUUACACAAAUCCGCCCAUUAUUUGCCAAUCCUGUCGAAGAUAAUAAGAAAUACUCUUCUAUCUUACCAAGGAAAUCAUUUUUUCUAAUUUUCUUUCUCUCAUCUUUUCUCCCCACUGUUAUACUUUCUUUCUUUCCUUCUUUUUUCUUUCUUUCUUUCUUUCUUUCUUUCUUUUUCCUAAAAUGUCUUUACUGUGUCGUUCUGUUUCGUUUGUCCUUCCAUACUUUUUUUACUCUCCUCUUUUCUUCUUUCUUUUCUCUCGUUAUUCAUUUUCCUUUUAUUUCUUUUCUUACUGGGUCGUUCUAUUUCUCGUUUUCUUCCUUCCUCUCUCCGUCCCUACUUUCCUUCCUUCUUUUACCCCCUUCCUUUAUAUCUCUCAUUGUACAUUCCUCCGUUUCCCUUUUCAACAUCCUUGUUUUAAAAUUUCUUUCUUUCUUUGUUACGUUCGUUCGUUCUUUUUUGCUUUCAUUCUUGUUUUUUUUUUUCUUGCUUUCUUUCUUGCAACCUUCUAUGAAAAUCCAUAGCUAA